AUGAUGGGAUCCCCAGUGGAACAUGCUCGCCAACUCUGGCCCCAAGAUCAUGCCAAAUUCUGCGAGGUGAUGGAACAAUGGCAAGCGGAGAUGAAAACAUCGUGCGAGAAAGUAGUGGGAAUAAUGCUCGCCUCAUUGGGCUUAACCAAUGAAGAAGAUAUGAAAUGGUUCGAGCCCAAAAAUGGGUGUGACGGAACCCCAUGUGUGCUUCAACUGAAUUCCUACCAGGUUUGCCCGGACCUUGACCGAGCCAUGGGGUUGGCCCCUCAUACGGACUCGUCCCUCAUCACUUUGCUAAACCAGAGAAACACCAACAACCUCCAAGUGUAUAAAGAUGGUGCAGGGUGGGUCGCUGUUGAGCCGGUUGAGGGAGCCUUGGUGGUUAAUGUUGGUGAUUUGAUGCACAUUGUCUCCAAUGGGAAGUUCACGUCCGUGUUGCAUCGGGCGGUUGUGAAUAAGACGUGCCACCGUGCGUCUCGACUGCGUUCUUUUAUGGGCAGCCAUGGGAUGUCGAGGUCUCACCAUUGAGAAAGUUGGUCGAUUCUGAUCAUCCGCCAUUGUAUCGUCCAGUGAUUUGGAAGGAGUAUCUUCAAAUCAAGAAGAAUG